CUUGUAUAACAGUUUCACUUCUUUUUAGCUGGACGCUGAAGAUAGACCAUCCACUUGAAUGUGGUUUAUUUCAUUUCUGCAUUUCACUAGGAAACUGAACUGACAUUCUGUGACAAACUCUCAACAUGAUCUAUUAUAAACACAUCUUCGUGGUAUGCACAGCUGUUCUGUUCACUGGUUGGGUCUUUACAUAUGAUGAACCCCAGUGUUACGAAACUGCGAUGAGACACUCAUGCAACUGGACUUGUAUGCGUCUCACUCUUCAGUGGCCUGGGAGUUUCUGCAUAAGCCUUAACAAAAAAAAUAGUUGCAGCAUACCACAGACUAUUCAGAACUGGACCAUUCACGGCCUAUGGCCUGAAAAGACCGGUCACUGCUGUGACUGCUGGCGGAUAUUUCAUUCUCAUCUACAGGACAUUGAAGCUGAACUCUCUCAUCUGUGGCCUUCAUUUGUGAAAGCGAAAAACUACUUUCUCUUUUGGAAAGAAGAAUGGAUUAAACACGGCACAUGUGCAGGUUGUGAUGAGGCCUUGGGCUCACCAGUUCAUUACUUUCAGGCUGCGAUCAAGCUACGGAAACUUUAUGACAUCGAUAGUGUUUUGAAAAAUUCUGGUAUCCAGACCUCCUGUGACGUGUCAUAUAAAUACAAUGAAAUAUGUGCCGUUCUGGACCCAUGGUUUGGAAGCAAUUAUGAUUUGCAGUGUGUGACGGAUAAGAAGGGACGUGAAGUGUGGGUCCAACUGAAGAUCAGCCUCUUUAGAAACCAAACACUUGGAUGCCAUAAACAAGAGCAGAGGCAGUUGUUCAAUAAUACAGUAUGGCUACAAGGCCCAGGACACCCAUGUCCUAAAAAUGAAACCAUCUUUUACUUUCCAAUAAAUUAUGAGAAGCCCUAUGAUCCCUGUAACUGAGAGCCUUAAAACCUUCACAAGCUGAAGGGACUUAAGACUUUCAUAAUGUGCUUUUUGUACUCGUCUGAUUAACCUCAAGAUAAUCAUUUUUAUUUUAAUAAACCACUUACAUCAUUUCUAAA